GGGGGGUUGGGUCACAUGACACGAGGCAGCGCGAGCCGGAGCGACCAAGAUGUCGGUGAUGAUGGAGAGAACGGCGGCCGCCAACGGACCUCACUUCGCCGCGGCCCGGGAACAGGCCCAGGCGGUGACCAGAAAUUACCUGUCGCAGCCCAGGCUCACAUACAGAACUGUGUCUGGGGUUAAUGGACCACUAGUGAUUUUGGACCAAGUAAAGUUUCCUAAAUAUGCAGAGAUUGUGCAUCUGACUCUACCUGAUGGCUCCAUCAGAAGUGGACAAGUUCUGGAAGUUAGCGGCAAUAAGGCUGUAGUACAGGUGUUUGAGGGAACAUCAGGUAUUGAUGCCAAGAAAACAGCCUGUGAAUUUACAGGUGAUAUUCUUCGUACACCUGUGUCUGAGGACAUGCUCGGUAGAGUCUUCAAUGGUUCAGGGAAACCAAUUGACAGAGGACCUACAGUACUGGCUGAAGAUUAUUUGGAUAUUAUGGGUCAGCCCAUAAAUCCACAGUGUCGUAUCUAUCCAGAGGAGAUGAUCCAGACAGGAAUUUCAGCGAUAGAUGGCAUGAAUAGUAUUGCCAGAGGACAAAAAAUUCCCAUAUUUUCUGCUGCAGGGUUGCCACACAAUGAGAUUGCUGCCCAAAUCUGCCGUCAAGCUGGUCUGGUUAAAAAAUCUAAAGAUGUCAUGGAUUACAGUGAAGAGAAUUUUGCCAUUGUGUUUGCCGCUAUGGGUGUUAACAUGGAAACUGCAAGGUUCUUUAAGUCUGACUUUGAAGAAAAUGGUUCUAUGGAUAAUGUCUGUCUGUUCCUGAAUCUUGCAAAUGAUCCGACUAUUGAACGUAUCAUUACUCCUCGUCUCGCUCUCACUUGUGCAGAAUACCUUGCAUAUCAAUGUGAAAAGCAUGUGUUGGUUAUUCUAACAGACAUGAGUUCUUAUGCUGAGGCUCUGAGAGAGGUUUCAGCCGCCCGAGAGGAAGUACCUGGCCGUCGUGGUUUCCCUGGUUACAUGUACACAGAUUUGGCGACAAUCUAUGAAAGAGCUGGGCGUAUUGAAGGCAGAAGUGGCUCCAUCACGCAGAUUCCUAUCCUUACCAUGCCCAACGAUGAUAUCACUCACCCUAUCCCUGAUUUAACUGGCUACAUCACAGAAGGGCAAAUCUACGUUGAUCGUCAGCUACACAAUAGACAGAUCUAUCCUCCUAUUAAUGUGCUGCCUUCUCUGUCUCGAUUAAUGAAGUCUGCCAUAGGAGAGGGCAUGACUCGUAAAGAUCAUGCCGAAGUAUCCAAUCAGCUGUAUGCUUGUUAUGCCAUUGGCAAAGAUGUCCAAGCAAUGAAAGCUGUAGUUGGUGAAGAAGCUCUCACAGCGGAUGACCUUCUGUACUUAGAAUUUCUGCAGAAGUUUGAGAGGAAUUUUAUUGCACAGGGUCCAUAUGAUAAUCGAACCAUUUUUGAAACCUUGGAUAUUGGAUGGCAGUUGCUCCGAAUUUUCCCCAAGGAGCUGUUGAAACGCAUUACUCAAAGUACGGUGGCAGAGUUUUACCCAAGAGAUUCUGCUGCCAAGCAUCAAUAAAGUUUCCAAUUCACUUGAGAGUUAUUUCCCCACUCCCCAAACUUCAUAGAAGUAGGUUCUUUCAGUGGAGCAUUCUGUGCACACUCCAGCAGAUGUUAGCCCAUGUCUGCAUUUUUAUUGUAAGAAUUUGAAGAUGAAAGUAUUAUAAUGAAAUAAGUGUGUGGAAUCCACAAAUCCCAACUGCUCCCGAAAUGAAAGCCUAAUCUGUUGGUACUGAAAGCAUAUUACAACUUGCAGAAAUAUGUUUACCGUGGUAGUUGAUGGGAAGUUAAUUUGUUUACAUUCUCUUUCCUCGUGUGUUUGUAAAACAUAAUUAAAUUAAUGAAUAAUGCAGAUUGGUAUCCAUUGAAGAUGAAACCAAUCCCUUCAACUGAUCCUAAAGUGUAUCAUGCAACUUAAUCUCAAUCUGAUGUCCCAAACAGAGGCAGCCUGGCUGGCUAUUAAGGGAUUUAUUGUAACUAUUUACAUACUGUCAACCCAACACAAUUUGACUUUAUGGAAAUUCUGUAUAACUUAGGAUAUUUUUGUAUAUGGAAAAUGUGGUCAAUUUUGUGUUGAGUUGCUACUUUGGUAUUUUAUCAGCAAUAUAGGAAGAAAUCAAGCACUUGAUGUUUAUAUAAUUAGAGCUCAUCUCAACUAUGGAACAUACUUAUUGAAUUUGAGCUCUGCUUACCUACAUUUACAACGUGCAUAUUCUAGUCGUGUUUUUCGGGUUAUGGCUGUAAUUCUGUUGUUAAUUGUAAUUUAUAUCAAAUAAUUUAAAUUAAAUCAAAGUUAGUGAUUAACUGGAUUUGCUGAUUAUGCCAGAAUAUCCUAAAUACAUAGCAGAUUGAUCUGUUCUAUUCAAUUACAAUUAAAAAUAGGAAACCAAGAGAAAAUUACUUUCUAUAACAAACUAAUUGAUUAUUUUCCUGCAUUUUAUUUCUGUGCUGGAUGAAAAAUCAGAUUAAAAUUGAUAUUGAUCUGUUACGUUUGGUAACGCAUUCUACUUGUGUUCCUUUAAAAUGAAUUACAAUUUUAAGUACAUAUAUAAUUUAAAAAAUUCUACAUUUACAUUCCUCAUACUCUUUGCCUUUGUUGUCUAAAAACACUCUUUUAAACCAUUGAUCCUCAUCUUUAAAAGCUGACUUUCAUUAAAAAAUGUUGAACUGACUUGUUCGGUUACAAUUUCAUUGGACUUGUGUGUGUUGUGCUCUUGUAGUGGUCGUGUGAGCAACUUAAAUUACAAUACAACUAAUGUUUGGACUUCAUUAAAGGCUCUACAAGGUUGCAAUUUGUUUCCCAACUGAUUAGGAAGAGUUACUACGUAAGCAUAUUGAUUAUUGUAACAUGAGAUAUUCGUUUUAGUGCAAAAACAUUUCAAUGUGAUAUUCUGUUUGUGUGAAGAUGAUUUGAUAUUGCCUUUUCCCUACGUCAGUCAAAAUGUGAAACUGUUUAAUGACACUUUAAAUGCUCUACAAUAUAUCUUUGUUCUGUGGACCUGUCUGCAUUUAAGCUUUAUGUAUAUUACCGUAUACUAAUUGCAAUUUCUUCAGCUUGUGACUGGAUGUAGUUCCAAAAUUAAGUGAAUUGAUCAGCCUUGUGUACAAUAUUCAGCUUUCCCUAAUUGUCUGUGGUUUUUAAAAAGUGAAUUAUGUUUGAAAUAUGGAAUCCAAUGUGCUAGAAUAUUCCAGAAUUACGUAGUCAAUCUGCUGUUUUAAGGAUCGUGUACCUUAUUGGCAAGGAUUGUAUCAAAUCUAAUGAUUAUUAUUAUUUCAUUGAUGUGCUACAUAGAUUUAUCAAGAGCACGCUGACUUUGUGAUUUGUGUUUAUUGUAUGACGAAAACGCAAUAAAGAAAUUGAUGCCAUA